ACUUUCAACACCUCAGCCAUUCAACAGGGCACAAUCGCCUACACCAACAACAUGGACGUCAACAACUCCACCCAUGGAGUUAAAUACUGUUUCUCACAAUACGCCUGUGUCUGCUCUCCAUGGACCUGUCCAAACCAGUUUGUCACCUGAUAUUACCACAAGCCAACCGGAAUCAGUGGUAAACCAUGGCCCAUCUCCUAUGGAUGGAGAUGAAAAUUCAUCUUUUGUUGGGUCUGGCGCUUCCACAUUGGUGCAUAAUGUGUCAGGACUGAUGAAUUCCUCAACAGGAUCAGUGACUGUAACACAGAUUCACACUGACCCCACACAAACUCUUUCACCCUUGAUUACAGCUCAGUCCAGCAGAGCUCUGACAAUGCCAGAGUUUAGCUCACCUUUACCAACUUCAACUGGGAUGGAUACAGUGGUAUCCAGAGAUAACGCUUCAGCAUCACUGCAAGAAACCCACAAAUCUGUAACCCUGAAAAUUGUUAACACAUCUACAAAUACAUUUGUGACUGGCAUGGCAGCCACACCUAAGGACUUAGAUGUCACAGAUUACAGCACACCAACCAGCAUUCCACAGUUAUCACAAACGGAUUCUAUGUUAACAUCUACACACAAAUCCCAAAAAAAUACAGACACAGAGAGGCCAAAUUUAACUUCAGACAAAUCUAACAAUAUAUCUGAGACACUGAAUUCAACAGCUUUAUUUAACUUCAAAGCCAUGAAUACAAGUUUGAGCCCAUCUGCGUCAGCAGUAUCUUCAUCAUCAGUGACUUCACAAACACUAACCUCGGCAUCAUUAACAACAGAAUUACCCACAGCUACAAAACAAACUGCUGAAUCAACAGCAAUUCACAUCACACCAACACAUAGUGAAUCAGUGACCACAACAACACAAACGACACCAACUAUGCAAACAGCAUCCACAACACAAACUGUUUCCGCAACCUUACCGACACAAUCUAUUCCACCCACAAUAGAAUCAGCAACAACACCAACACAAGUUACAGCAUCAGAGAUUUCAGAAGCACAAAGACCGACACAAAAUACACUUGUAACCACACAAUCAGCAACUUCAGCAGAAGCUGCACCAUCUGUAACAACCAUUUCAGUGACUUCACAACCAUCAACAUCAUUAACAACAGACCAAACUGCUGAAUCAACAGCAAUUCACAGCUCAACACACAUUGGAUCAGUGACUACAACAGAACAAACUACACCACCUAUGACAACAGCAUCCACAACACAAACUGUUCUCGCAACUUUACCAACACAAUCAAUUCCGCCAACAAUAGAAUCAGCAACAACACCAACACAGGUUACAGCAUCAGAGCUUUCACAACCACAAAGACCGACACAAAUUACAGUUGGAACCACACAAUCAGCAACUUCAGCAGAAGCUGCACCAUCUGUAACAACCAUUUCAGUGACUUCACAACCAUCGACCUCAUUAACAACAGAGCAAACUGCUGAAUCAAUAGCAAUUCACAGCACAUCAACACAUAGUGAAUCAGUGACCAGAACAACACAAACUACACCACCUAUCACAACAGCAUCCACAACACAAACUGUAUCCGCAACCUUACCAACACAAUCUAUUCCGCCCACAAUAGAAUCAACAACAACACCAACACAAGUUACAGCAUCAGAGAUUUCACCACCACAAAGACUGACACAAAUUACAGUUGUAACCACACAAUCAGCAACUUCAGCAGAAGCUGCACCAUCUGUAUCAACCAAAUCUGUGACUUCACAAAGAUCAACAUCAGCAUCAUUAACAACAGAGCAAACUACUGAAUCAACAGCAAUUCAUAGCACAACACACAUUGGAUCAGUGACUACAACAGAACAAACUGCACAACCUAUGACAACAGCAUCCACAACACAAACUGUUUCCACAACCGUACCAACACAGUCUAUUCCGCCCACAAUAGAAACAGCAACACCAACACAGAUUACAGUUGUAACCACUCAAUCAGCAACUUCAACAGCAGCUGAACCAUCUGUAACAACCAAAUCAGUGACUUCACAACCAGCAACAUCAACAACAGUAACAGAGCAACCUACAGCUGCAAAACAAAAUGCUGAAUCAACAGCAAAUCAACUCACAACACCAACACACAGUGAAUCAGUGACCACAACAACACAAACUACACCACCUAUGACAACAGCAUCCACAACACAAACUGUUUCCGCAACCUUACCGACACAAUCUAUUCCACCCACAAUAGAAUCAGCAACAACACCAACACAAGUUACAGCAUCAGAGAUUUCAGAAGCACAAAGACCGAUACAAAAUACACUUGUAACCACACAAUCAGCAACUUCAGCAGAAGCUGCACCAUCUGUAACAACCAUUUCAGUGACUUCACAACCAUCGACAUCAUUAACAACAGACCAAACUGCUGAAUCAACAGCAAUUCACAGCACAUCAACACACCUUGGAUCAGUGACUACAACAGAACAAACUACACCACCUAUGACAACAGGAUCCACAACACAAACUGUUCUCGCAACCUUACCAACACAAUCAAUUCCGCCAACAAUAGAAUCAGCAACAACACCAACACAGGUUACAGCAUCAGAGCUUUCACAACCACAAAGACCGACACAAAUUACAGUUGGAACCACACAAUCAGCAACUUCAGCAGAAGCUGCACCAUCUGUAACAACCAUUUCAGUGACUUCACAACCAUCGACCUCAUUAACAACAGAGCAAACUGCUGAAUCAACAGCAAUUCACAGCACAUCCACACAUAGUGAAUCAGUGACCACAACAACACAAACUACACCACCUAUGGCAACAGCAUUCACAACACAAACUGUUUCCACAACAGUACCAACACAAUCUAUUCCGCUCACUAUAGAAUCAGCAACAACACCAACACAAGUUACAGCAUCAGAGAUUUCACCACUACAAACACAAAUUACAGUUGUAACCACAAAAUCAGCAACUUUAUUUGAAGCUGCACCAUCUGUAACAACCAAAUCUGUGACUUCACAACCAUCAACAUCAGCAUCAUUAACAACAGAGCAAACUGCGGAAUCAACCGCAAUUCACAGCACAACACACUUUGGAUCAGUGACUACAACAGAACAAACUACACCACCUAUGACAACAGCAUUCACAACGCAAACUGUUUCCACAAGAGUACCAACACAAUCUAUUCCGCCCACAAUAGAAUCAGUAACAACACAAACACAAGUUACAGCAUCAGAGAUUUCACCACCACAAAGACAGACACAAAUUACAGUUGUAACCACACAAUCAGCAACUUCAGCAGAAGCUGCACCAUCUGUAACAACCAAAUCUGUGACUUCACAACCAUCAUCAUUAUUAACAACAGAGCAAACUGCUGAAUCAACAGCAAUUCACACCACAUUAACACAUAUUGAAUCAAUGACCACAACAGAACAAACUGCACAACCUAUGACAACAGCAUUCACAACGCAAAUUGUUUCCACAAUCGUACCAACACAAUCUAUUCCGCCCACAAUAGAAACAGCAACACCAACACAGAUUACAGUUGUAACCACUCAAUCAGCAACUUCAACAGCAGCUGAACCAUCUGUAACAACCAAAUCAGUGACUUCACAACCAGCAACAUCAACAACAGUAACAGAGCAACCUACAGCUGCAAAACAAACUGCUGAAUCAACAGCAAUUCAACUCACAACACCAACACACAGUGAAUCAGUGACCACAACAACACAAACUACACCACCUAUGACAACAGCAUCCACAACACAAACUGUUUCCGCAACCUUACCGACACAAUCUAUUCCACCCACAAUAGAAUCAGCAACAACACCAACACAAGUUACAGCAUCAGAGAUUUCAGAAGCACAAAGACUGAUACAAAAUACACUUGUAACCACACAAUCAGCAACUUCAGCAGAAGCUGCACCAUCUGUAACAACCAUUUCAGUGACUUCACAACCAUCGACAUCAUUAACAACAGACCAAACUGCUGAAUCAACAGCAAUUCACAGCUCAACACACAUUGGAUCAGUGACUACAACAGAACAAACUACACCACCUAUGACAACAGCAUCCACAACACAAACUGUUCUCGCAACCUUUCCAACACAAUCAAUUCCGCCAACAAUAGAAUCAGCAACAACACCAACACAGGUUACAGCAUCAGAGCUUUCACAACCACAAAGACCGACACAAAUUACAGUUGGAACCACACAAUCAGCAACUUCAGCAGAAGCUGCACCAUCUGUAACAACCAUUUCAGUGACUUCACAACCAUCGACCUCAUUAACAACAGAGCAAACUGCUGAAUCAACAGCAAUUCACAGCACAUCCACACAUAGUGAAUCAGUGACCACAACAACACAAACUACACCAUCUAUGGCAACAGCAUUCACAACACAAACUGUUUCCACAACAGUACCAACACAACCUAUUCCGCUCACAAUAGAAUCAGCAACAACACCAACACAAGUUACAGCAUCAGAGAUUUCACCACUACAAACACAAAUUACAGUUGUAACCACAAAAUCUGCAACUUUAUUUGAAGCUGCACCAUCUGUAACAGCCAAAUCCAUGACUUCACAACCAUCAACAUCAGCAACAGUAACAGAGCAACCCACAGCUGCAAAACAGACUACUGAAUCAACAGCAAUUCAAGUCACAACACCAACACACAGUGAAUCAGUGACCACAACAACACAAACUACACCAUCUAUGACAACAGCAUUCACAACACAAACUGUAUCCGCAACCUUACCAACACAAUCUAUUCCGCCCACAAUAGAAUCACCAACAACACCAACGCAAGUUACAGCAUCAGAGAUUUCAGAAGCACAAACACCGACACAAAUUACAGUCAUUUCCACAAAAUCAGCAACUUUAGCAGAAGCUGCACCAUCUGUAACAACCAAAUCUGCAUCAUUAACAACAGAGCAAACUACUGAAUCAACAGCAAUUCAUAGCACAACACACAUUGGAUCAGUGACUACAACAGAACAAACUGCACAACCUAUGACAACAGCUUCCACAACACAAACUGUUUCCACAACCGUACCAACACAAUCUAUUCCGCCCACAAUAGAAACAGCAACACCAACACAGGUUACAGUUGUAACCACUCAAUCAGCAACUUCAACAGAAGCUGAACCAUCUGUAACAACUAAACCAGUGACUUCACAACCAUCAACAUCAGCAACAGUAACAGAAGCACAAAGACCGACACAAAAUACACUUGUAACCACACGAUCAGCAACUUCAGCAGAAGCUGACCCAUCUGUAACAACCAAAUCUGGGAUUUCACAACCACCAGCAUCAUCAUUAACAACAGAGCAAACUGCUGAAUCAACAGCAAUUCACAGCACAUUAACACAUAGUGAAUCAGUGACCACAACAACACAAACUACACCACUUAUGGCAACAGAAUUCACAACACAAACGGUUUCCACAACCAGACCAACACAAUCAAUUCCGCUCAAAAUAGAAUCAGCAACAACACCAACACAAGUUACAGCAUCAGAGAUUUCACAACCACAAAGUCUGACACAAAUUACAGUUGUGACCACACAAUCAGCAACUCCAGCAGAUGCUGCACCAUCCGUAUCAACCAAGUCAGUGACAUCAGAGCAAACUGCUGUAUCAACAGCAAUUCAUAGCACAUCAACACAUAGUGAAUCAGUGAUCACAACAACACUGCAGCCUUUGUCAUUUUCCUCUGACGCAUCAACCAUAAAUUCUGCCAAAGCCAACACAACGCAGCUGCAAGUUUAUCCUAAUUCUGUUCCCUUAUCCCCGAAAAAUAUAGUGUUCUUCCAUCAUAGCCCCAAAGUUGCUGCUGUGAGGUCCCUUACCUUUGAAUAUCCAACUGUGAUCUGGACCACUUUCCCAGUUUUGAAUGCCUUCAAUGCAGACUCUGAGAGCAACACAGUUGAGAUUCCCACAUUGCCACCAGAAGUGUGAAGUAGACACUGAAGGCUUGAAAUCCUUAUUUUGAACAAACAAUACAAAAUAAUGCUUGUGAAACUUACAAGUCACAUGUUACAACCCCUGCUAAAUACAUCCCGAGAUAAGAAGAUGUAAUGUAGGUGAUGUCACUGAUACACUUGAGGUUUCUCACACUGAAUAUUAGUUUUCCUAGUACAGCUGUCUAUUGAUUAUGUUCAGCCAACUGUUAAAUAGUUUAAACAUUAGCUGCAACCACAAAUAGCCUAGAUAUAUCACUCAGCUACCAAUGCUUGGAUUGUUAUAACAAGCCAGGCACUGAAUGAUGUCCAUAGAGUUUAUUCCUAUGUUUGUGGUGGCAGGGCCGGUUCUAGCCCCUUGGUUGCCCUAGGCGAGAUUGAGUUUUGCAUCCCCCAUUUUGAGCAUUAAAUACUUCAUUUCCUGCAUUCUGGUGAAUAUGUAUUGCUGAAUAUGCACUUAUUUUUCAUUACCUUUUUCUGAAUCAAUUUAUGCUGGAAAUAUCUUUAUCU